GCCACAGGGACGUCUGGUCUGUACGUCCGUCUGUCUGUCUCGGCGUCCCUCAGCCCUUUCCAGAGCCCUGGGGUCUGCGGUGACCGGCACCAUACCACCGCGGCUCGGCAUGUCACCUCGGGGAGGAGGAGCCAGAUGGCUGAAUGCUAACAAGGAAAAUACAGGACCAUGAUGAUGGCUCAGUUUCCCACAGCUAUGAAUGGAGGACCAAAUAUGUGGGCUAUUACCUCUGAAGAACGUACUAAGCAUGACAAACAGUUUGAUAAUCUCAAACCGUCAGGAGGUUACAUAACAGGUGAUCAAGCCCGUACUUUUUUCUUACAAUCAGGUCUGCCAGCUCCUGUUUUAGCUGAAAUAUGGGCUUUAUCAGAUCUGAACAAGGAUGGGAAGAUGGAUCAACAGGAGUUCUCCAUAGCUAUGAAACUCAUCAAACUAAAGCUUCAAGGCCAACAGUUGCCUGUGGUUCUCCCUCCCAUUAUGAAACAACCCCCCAUGUUCUCUCCACUAAUUUCUGCUCGUUUUGGGAUGGGAAGCAUGCCCAAUCUCUCCAUUCCUCAGUCAAUGCCUCCAGUUGCACCUGUAACAGCACCCUUGUCGUCUGCAACUUCAGGGACCAGUAUUCCUCCCCUAAUGAUGCCUGCUCCCUUAGUGCCUUCUGUUAGUACAUCAUCAUUACCAAAUGGAACCGCCAGUCUCAUUCAGCCUUUAUCCAUUCCUUACUCUUCUUCAACAUUGCCUCAUACAUCAUCUUACAGUCUGAUGAUGGGAGGAUUUGGUGGUGCUAGUAUACAGAAGGCCCAGUCUCUCAUUGAUUUAGGAUCUAGUAGCUCAACUUCCUCAACUGCUUCACUCCCAGGGAACUCGCCCAAGACUGGAAUCUCAGAGUGGGCAGUUCCUCAACCUUCAAGGUUAAAGUAUCGGCAAAAAUUUAAUAGUCUUGACAAAAGUAUGAGUGGAUACCUCUCAGGUUUUCAAGCUAGAAAUGCUCUUCUUCAGUCAAAUCUUUCUCAAACUCAGCUAGCUACUAUUUGGACUCUGGCUGACAUUGAUGGUGAUGGACAACUAAAAGCUGAAGAGUUUAUUCUUGCAAUGCACCUCACUGACAUGGCCAAAGCUGGACAGCCAUUACCUUUGACUUUACCUCCUGAGCUUGUCCCUCCAUCUUUCAGAGUAGGAAAACAGAUUGAUGCCAUUAAUGGAACUCUGCAGUCAUAUCAGAAAACACAGGAAGAGGAACCUCAGAAGAAAUUACCAGUUACUUUUGAGGACAAAAGGAAAGCCAACUAUGAGCGAGGGAACAUGGAACUGGAGAAGCGACGGCAAGUCUUGAUGGAGCAGCAACAAAGGGAGGCAGAACGGAAAGCCCAGAAAGAAAAGGAAGAGUGGGAACGAAAGCAGAGGGAACUACAAGAACAAGAGUGGAAGAAACAACUCGAAUUAGAAAAACGCUUGGAGAAACAGAGGGAAUUGGAGAGACAACGGGAAGAAGAAAGGAGAAAAGAGAUAGAAAGACGAGAGGCAGCAAAACAGGAAUUGGAACGACAACGUCGUUUAGAAUGGGAAAGAAUCCGUCGACAGGAGCUUCUCAAUCAAAAGAACAGAGAACAAGAAGAAGUUGUCAGGCUCCACUCUAAAAAGAAGAGUCUUCAUCUUGAGUUGGAAGCACUGAAUAGCAAACAUCAGCAGGUCUCAGGCAGACUUCAGGAUGUCCGCCUUAGAAAGCAAACACAAAAGACUGAACUGGAAGUUCUGGAUAAGCAGUGUGACCUGGAAAUUAUGGAAAUCAAGCAGCUUCAACAAGAACUUCAGGAAUAUCAAAAUAAGCUUAUCUAUCUAGUACCUGAGAAGCAACUACUAAAUGAAAGAAUUAAAAACAUGCAGGUUAAUAACACACCUGAUUCAGGGAUCAGUUUGCUUUAUAAAAAAUCAUUAGAAAAGGAAGAAUUAUGCCAAAGACUUAAAGAGCAAUUAGAUGCUCUUGAAAAAGAAACUGCAUCUAAGCUCUCUGAAAUGGAUUCAUUUAAUAAUCAACUGAAGUGUGGGAAUAUGGAUGACUCUGUUCUUCAGUGCCUUUUGUCUCUGCUAAGCUGUCUCAACAACCUCUUCCUCUUACUUAAGGAACUCAGAGAAAGCUAUAAUACACAGCAGCUAGCCCUCGAACAGCUUCAUAAGAUCAAAUGUGACAAGCUGAAGGAAAUUGAAAGAAAAAAAUUAGAGCAAAUACAGAAAAAGAAACUGGAAGAUGAAGCUGUAAGGAAAGCAAAACAAGGAAAAGAAAACUUGUGGAGAGAAAAUAUUAAGAAAGAGGAAGAAGAAAAACAAAAACGACUUCAAGAAGAAAAAUCACAAGAAAAAAUUCAAGACAUGGAACAAAAAGUUGAAGAAAAACAAAAUAAGGAUAAGGACAAAGGUGAAACACUGGGUACUCAUUUGAUGAAUUACAGAGCAUUAUACCCCUUUGAAGCAAGGAGCCAUGAUGAGAUGAGUUUUAAUUCAGGGGACAUAAUUCAGGUUGAUGAAAAAACUGUAGGAGAACCUGGUUGGCUCUAUGGUAGUUUUCAAGGAACUUUUGGCUGGUUUCCAUGCAACUAUGUAGAAAAAAUACCAUCAAGUGAAAAAGCUUUGUCACCUAAGAAAGCCUUACUUCCUCCUACAGUAUCCUUAUCUGCUACCUCAACUUCUGAACCACUUCCUUCAAUUCAACCAGCAUCAGUGACUGAUUAUCAAAAUAUAUCUUUCUCAAACCUAACUGUUAAUACAUCAUGGCAGAAAAAAUCAGCUUUUACUCGCACUGUGUCUCCUGGCUCUGUGUCCCCUAUUCACGGACAGGGACAGGUUGUUGAAAACCUGAAAGCCCAAGCCCUUUGUUCCUGGACUGCAAAGAAGGAUAACCACUUGAACUUCUCAAAACAUGAUGUUAUUACUGUCUUGGAGCAGCAAGAAAAUUGGUGGUUUGGGGAGGUGCAUGGAGGAAGAGGAUGGUUCCCAAAAUCUUAUGUCAAGAUCAUUCCUGGGAGUGAAGUAAAGCGGGAAGAACCAGAAGCUUUGUAUGCAUCUGUAAAUAAGAACCCUACCUCGGCGGCCUAUCCAGUUGGAGAAGAGUACAUUGCACUUUAUCCAUAUUCGAGUGUAGAACCUGGAGAUUUGACUUUCACUGAAGGUGAAGAAAUCCUAGUGACCCAGAAAGAUGGAGAGUGGUGGACAGGAAGAAUUGGAGACAGAACUGGAAUUUUUCCAUCAAACUAUGUCAAACCAAAAGAUCAAGAGAACUUUGGGAAUCCUGGCAAAUCUGGAACUGCUAACAGAAAACCUGAGAUUGCUCAAGUAACUUCUGCAUAUGUUGCUUCUGGCACUGAACAACUGAGUCUUGCACCAGGCCAGUUAAUACUAAUCCUAAAGAAAAACACAAGUGGGUGGUGGCAAGGAGAGCUACAGGCCAGAGGAAAAAAGCGACAGAAAGGAUGGUUUCCUGCUAGCCAUGUUAAACUUUUGGGUCCAAGUAAUGAAAGAACCACACCUGCCUUUCAUGCUGUAUGUCAGGUGAUCGCUAUGUAUGACUACAUAGCAAAUAAUGAAGAUGAGCUCAAUUUCUCCAAAGGACAACUUAUUAAUGUUUUGAACAAAGAUGAUCCUGACUGGUGGCAAGGAGAAAUAAAUGGGGUGACUGGUCUCUUUCCUUCAAACUACGUUAAGAUGACGACAGACUCAGAUCCAAGUCAACAGUGACCCAAUGUUGUCUUCCAGUUGUGAAAGCACCCCAGAGACCCACUAUCCAAGUUUGACUCUAGCGUGGAGGCAGGGCAGGCAGCCCUGAUCAAAUAUCUCCUACACAAUUCGUUUACUUCGUUCGAAUGUUAGAGCCACUUGUGAUUAUUCCUUUGUGUUUCUAAUUUACAGUAAAAAUUUAUUUGUAACAAGUUCAAGGAUAGUGGGUCUUUGUGUGGCUUUCCCUGCUGUUCACUCUGGCAUCCUCUAGCGGUUUUCUUUUUUAAUUUGGAAAUUGUAGGUCAUUAGCAUGCAUAUUUAGUUUGCUCUUAAAUGGUGGGAGUUCAAACACACAAAGACCCACUAUUUGCACAAACUGUUCUCUCUGGUUUGGAAUGGGCUGCCUUGCUUUUCUAAUGUUAUUGCAACAUGUAUAUUCAUUACAGACUUCAGAUGAUGCUUGCUUAUGUUCUGCUAUUAUAUUUGAUCUAAUCCUAAUCACAAUGAGCUCUUCACUGGCUCAAUUUGUGAUUUACCAUCAGAUAUACACUGUUGAUUACUUUACAAUAUGCCACUAUGAGUAACAAUAUUUAAAUUUGUUUAAAAGCCAGGAAUUGGAAACAGCCUUUUCUGUGUUUUCUGUAUAAUCUGAAUGGGAACAGUAACAUUUUGGGGGAACUUUGUUAUCUCACAGGAAAGAAGAGUGGCCUACUCUGGCCAGAGUGGGGUGUCUGGUCUAUCUCAGCACCCAGGAAAGAGCACAGGUACCUGUAGGGCCUUCUGUGCUCUAGGCCACAGGCACUGUGGAAUGUGCUCCAGCACAGAGUUGUCACUUCUUUACCAGUGACCUAAAAGGGGGCUGUGUUCUUGUUUUGUUUUGUUAAUGAAUUAAAGCUUCCCAUGUUGGCUGUGAGAUACGAAACCUUCCCUAGUUUAGAGCAUUUGUUAUCUAUAAUAUAUUUGAAAGUCAGAGUUCAUGUCCUAGUACACAAAACAACACUGUUGGCAUUCUUGAUGUAUUUAAUAAAGAUAAAAGGAACCCUUGAAGUAUAAGCCAGGCUGGAAGCAGGCAGGCCCGCUUUAGCCAAAGUCUCACAGUGAAGGAAGGGUACAGGGGGCUGGCAUUUCUCUACAUCUGUGCAGCUUUUGCAGAAGCUAAAAUAUUAACUUUAUCAUCCAUACUUUGCUGGCUAAUAUCUAUUCUUCACCAAUGUAGGCUACUUAGCCAUAGGAUUUUAUUUCCUUUCCUUGAGUGGAAAGCACUCUAAACCUAACAGACCUUAUAAAUUAAUAUAUGUGAGAAUACUUAGCUGAAACAAAAAGGAGUUUUAGUAGACAGUAUUAAAGUAUAUCUGAAAAUCAAUGAGUUUAUGCAAUUUAAAAUGUUUACAAACUGCAGUGCAAUCUACUGUUAGUGAAAUGUCUAAGUCAAGAUAAAUGCAUAUAUAAUCACCAAGUCCUCACAGAAAAAUGAAAUAUGCUUUUAUACCUCUGAGUUUAGGUCAAAAGCAUAUUUUGUGCAAUAUUAUGUUAAUGUGCCUGUAUAUUAUGAAUAAAUUAUUUUAGUUGUACAUUGCCUAAAUCAAGAAUUUUCAAUGCUUGAAUAAGAACCAGCAGUUUAGCUGUCUCAAAAUACUUCACAUUUUUGGGGUGUUGGGAGAUGUGUCUAUGUGUUCCCUGGGAUGAGUAUUUCUAACGCCACCCCCAUUCAUAGAAUUUGGCAUCACCAUGAUGUUUUGUAUGACAUAAUAGGAAAGCAAAAAUAACAUUUUCCAGGUGGAAUAGCAGACUUACUGGCAGUCACUAAAAGAGAGUGCCAAAACAGAUUCCUUUUUCAAAACUCUCUGUUCCAUAUUACAUGGCUUUCCUGGUCAUGCCUUUUCUCUCCCUCAGCUUUCUGCUUUUGUACCCUUGAGUUGAGUUCAGUGUAAAGAGAGCUGCUUCAUAUACUAUGUUUGAUAGAAAGCAGGCCACUGUUAAUUGACCACAUAAUUUCAUAUAACAUUUUUUCUUUGUAACUUUUAUUUGCGGUUUAUCCAUUAUACUAAAAAAUUGUUUCAAACAUAUUUUUAUAGCUCAAAUCACUUCAUCUUCAUGCUGAUAAAAGUCGAUUAUUUAAAAUGGCAUUCAGGUUGAGCCUAGCAUCUCUAAUCAAUCUGAAAAUAAUGUGUCAUUAGGUACCUAUGGAUUAAAUCACAUCAGCCCAGUGCUUAAGCUGAGUGGGAGUCUGGGAAGUCCACUUGCUGUGGUGAGUGAACUCCCACUCCGUGUAGGUAUUUUGUCAUCUAUUCAAGAGAAAACUGUAAAGAAAGGAAACAGACACAUCACUUAAAUCUUCACAGUGCAUGCAGUCCUUUUCAGUACCUCCUCCAGCCAUGUAUUUGUUCUCUUCCUGACUCAGUAUGAGGCAGCUUUCUAUUUGCUUAGAAGGAGUUUAUUGCAAACAUAAUUUUAAGUGGAAUACAACUAAAUAAAUUUGAACCUUGUAGCAAAUGACAAAAAUAUAUGUUUGAGAUUUCAUUAUGUGAUAGGCAUUUUUAAAGCACUUGAUGGGUUUUCAGGCAAUGAAAAAAAUAGUUCUAAAAAUCAAAGCUGAUUUUUUUUUUUAAGAAAAACUGAAAACUAAAAUCAACCCUACUGAUGAUAUAGUUUCUCUGCAAUCUUGAGUCAUUUAGAAAUAGUAUAACUAUUUAAAAAUUUAAUUACUAUUUUAUUGUUUUAAGAUACAGUAUGAGUACUGAUAGCUGAAAAGAAACUGGGGAAGGAAAAGUAGAGAGAGAAAUGCCAACUCCAGUCUAAAGCUUUAUUUGCCAAGUUUUCUUAGAAUGAAUUUUACCAAGUUAUGAAUUCCUGUAAAUAAGAUCUCUGAUGGAAUACUGAGAAACCAUUGCCUAGCAUGGCACUACUGAUGCUGCUGUGACGCUGCUGUAAUGUCAUAAACUAUUACAAUGUUGCAAAGUGCUGUGUUUGCCUUACAUUUUUCUUUUGUGUGUCUUAAACUCUAGUUCAAAAAUACUGAGAUUGUGCAAAUGCUAGGCACGCUUGGCAUGAAUAAUCUGUUUUUAUUUUUACAAAGUUGUAUUAUAACUAUGCAAGUGUGUUAUUAAAAGGACACAAACUA